AUGUACACGACGGACAUCAUGAAUACUGCUGAUUUUCAGACGCAGCUAACAUCCAUAAUGGAAAUUAUGGCGAGAACCGCUGUUGCUGAAAUAAGCAAACUUUUCGAGGAGAAUUCUUUGUUGCUGCGAUUACAGAUUUCACGCUGUACAAGCGAAAAUGAAUCUCUGAAAAAGAAAUGUCAUUUUCUAGAGAAUAAACUUCAGUCUGCACGGAAAAGCGCUGGAAAGAUGAACGGGUCACAAGCUCCAUUCAACCAUCCGGGACUUACAGACACCGAACGCCAGCCCACAAUUGACAAUGUCUUCGGUAAGGAAUGGUGCAUGAACCUCUGGAGACACGAGGAGUCACAUGUUGGUCAGAAGGACGACACACACCUAGACUCUUCAGUCAACACAGAAGAGCCAAUAAAUUUGCUGGAUGAAGAACCAGAUGUGAUUAUGAUUAAUGAGGAGACGCUGAAGGAUGACAAUUGCACUGGGAAAAAUAAACCUGAAGAAGACGAAAGUAGCAGUUUGAGAGGAUCUGCAAUGACCAGUGAUGAGAGAUGUGUCGCCCAAAGCUCUGAAGAGUGUAACACAUACACGGUACCUUCAGAUGACCAAGUCCAAUCGAACGUGCACCAGACACCAGCUGAAGAACAAGCUCUUGAUGGAGCUACACAUGGACACAUCACAGCAGGGUCAGAUCUGAGCCCUGAUGUGGGAUUUAUUCCUAAUAACCUGAAUUUCAAUGGGACAGUUACACCAAAGAAGAAAUUCAAGUGUGUGUUCUGUGGGAAAACCUUUGAGUAUUUAAGCCAUAUGACAAGACACAUGCGAAAACACUCCGGAGAAAAACCUUACGUCUGUACAGUUUGUGGUAAACGGUUUGCUCAGAAAACAUAUCUCACAACUCACGAGCGCACUCAUUCUGGUGAGAGGCCAUACUCGUGCAUGGAGUGUGGAAAGAGCUUUUCUCAAAAAUCUUCUCUUAAUGUACACCUCCGAAGCCACACCGGAGAAAAGCCAUAUAGCUGCUCACACUGUGGUAAAAGCUACGCCUUCAAAAUUGCGCUUAGAACACACCGAUGUUAAAACAGAAAUAAAUUGCUACUGCAUAUUGUCUCCUUCGUUUUUAGUAUAAAACUUCUGUCUAGGUCAUUAUAGAAUAUCCUUCUUAUCUGUUGUUAGGGGGGAAAAAAGUCAGAGUAGACAAAAAUGCUGGUUGUUUGUUUACAUGUUCAAUAUAAUGACUCUAUAAAUAAAUGUGCGCACUUACACUAAACAGUCCCCUCUUAUAGUAAUUUCCAUUGAUUACAGGCAAUAUGUUAUGGUUUAAACACUGUGUGAACACUGUGAAAUGUGUUCUUGUGUGUAG